CCGGAGUGAGAGCACCUGAGACCUUUGUUUGGUGUUUGAUUUGGUAGGAUCCAUUUUUUCUAUAGAAAAAGAUAAUUCAUGUUUGGUGAGGCACUAAGACUUGGAAUGGCUGCUCAGGCCUUUCGGCCAAGUAACAAGAGCCAAAUAUUGAAAAGCCGGUGUAAGUAGCGUCUGACACCUGGCCAAAGAGAAGCAGUUCCUGCCAUCGCAUUGGAGAGGUCCUAAGGUAAAGCACUGCAGGAGAGAACCUUCUCUGGGAUUUGAAAUGGAGCCUUAGCUUCAGCUCUUUGCUAGAACUCCUGUAAGUGACUUCAACGCUCUGCUUGUUACCACUUGGAUCUGAUGGAAGACUGUAGAUUAGAAUAACUUUGAGGCACAGGGAGCACUGCACACAGAGAGGAGUCAUUCUUCAUAAGAGGAGAUAUAAUAAUCUGGUGUAAGCUAUGGAACACAGGAAAUGGGAGGGCUACAGCGUCCACAGAAGGAUCCUGGAUGAAGGGGAUGUGGAUGAGAUGGGAGAGAGGUCUGAGUUACCUCGGACACCUCUGUCUGAGAAGGUUAAAUCAUCAAUGAGGUGUUCUGCUCCCAGCUUGAAGAGAUGCCUGCUGCAGCGUAUUCCUCUCUUAUCAUGGCUGCCUUGUUACCCCAUCCGAGAAAAUGCCAUUGGUGACCUGAUCUCUGGGAUCAGUGUGGGGAUCAUGCAGCUGCCACAGGGUAUGGCCUAUGCCUUGCUGGCAUCUGUUCCUCCAGUCUUUGGCCUUUACUCCUCCUUCUACCCCGUCCUCAUCUACUUCGUCUUCGGCACAUCCAAGCACAUCUCAAUAGGGACAUUUGCAGUGUUAAGUGUGAUGAUAGGAGGAGUGACGGAUCGAUUAGCCCCGGAUUCAGACUUUAUGAUAUGGGACAAUGUGACAAACUCCAGCAUAGUUGACAUCAUGUCCCGGGAUGCAGCGAGGGUCCGAGUGGCUGUAGCUGUCACCUUCCUAACUGGACUAUUUCAGAUUUUGCUCGGUCUGGUCCAGUUUGGUUUUGUGGUGACGUACCUAUCUGAGCCUCUGGUACGAGGUUACACAACUGGAGCCGCCAUCCACGUCAUUGUGUCCCAGCUCAAAUACACUUUCGGCAUCAGCCCUGUGAGAUACAGCGGACCCUUGUCAUUGAUAUAUACGAUGCUAGAGUUGUGUUAUCUCAUUCCACAAACAAACAUUGGUACUUUGGUGGUUAGUGCUGUCACCAUAGUCUGCCUUAUUCUUGCUAAGGAGCUCAAUGCAUACUUGAGUAAAAAACUACCUGUUCCUAUACCUGUGGAGCUGCUCGCUGUCGUUAUUGGUACAGUCAUCUCCUGGCAAGUGAACUUGGAGGAGAAAUAUGGAGUGGAUGUGGUGGGACUCAUUCCCUCAGGUCUCCAGCCACCUGUUUUUCCAGACGUCUCUCUGUUUGCUCAGGUGAUAGGGGACGCCUUCGCUCUGUCUGUGGUUGGCUACGGCAUUGCCAUCUCACUGGGACGAAUUUUCGCCCUAAAAUAUGGAUACAAGGUGGACAGCAAUCAGGAACUAAUGGCCCUGGGUCUGAGUAACUCUUUUGGAGCAAUUUUCCAGUGUUUCGCAAUCAGCUGCUCCAUGUCUCGCAGUAUGGUUCAAGAGAGCACGGGAGGGAAAUCUCAGGUUGGUGGAGGCUUGCCCUAAUAAACUGUUUCAUAUUUGACUUUGUAGGCAGUGCUGGCUGCCAUUAUCUAUGUCAACCUCAAUGGCAUGGUGAAGCAAUUCCUGGACAUCCCUGUAUUGUGGAGAAAAAACAAAGUUGAUUCGAUAAUCUGGAUGGCCACCUUCAUCCUCACUGUUUUGUUGAACCCUGACGUGGGUCUAGCUGCUUCCAUCGGCUUCUCCAUGCUCACCGUCAUCUUCAGGACACAGCUACCUAAAUAUUCUCUGCUGGGGCAGGUCCCUGGCACUGACAUAUACAGGCCACUGGAGGAAUACAAUCAGGUGAGGCAGGUGCCAAAGAUUUUGAUCUUCCGUUCCUCUGCUACACUCUACUUCGCCAAUGCUGAGAUGUAUGAAGAUGCCCUGGGGAAGAAGUCUGGCAUUGAUAUUGCCAAGAUCCUGUCAGCAAAGAAGAAACUGGAGGCCAAAAAGAAGAGGAUUGAGGAGGACAAUGCCAAGAGAGCCAAGAAGAAUGGCGUAAAUAUGGAGCCAGGGCAGAAAGACAUUGCUGUCAUUGAGACAGACAUUGCACUCGAGCCGUCAUACCCACAAGCCAUCAUUCUUGACCUCAGCCCCGUCAACUUCCUGGAUACUGUUGGAAUCAAGGCGCUACGAAAUAUCCAGAAAGACUACAGCCAAAUUGGUAUAGAUGUGGUUCUUGCUGGCUGCCAAACUGGUGUGGUGGACAACCUGCAGACUGGAGAUUUCUUCAAAGACGAUGUGACAAAGUCCUGUCUGUUCUCCAACAUCCAUGACGCCGUUUUGUACUGUCAGUCGACCAGAAUGAGAGAUGAGAACAUAAUGACACAGUUCUGAGUCCUGGGAGGAAAGAUGGAGGACAGUAUCAGCAAUGACACUGAUUGUAUCCUCUGAGCUUCAGAUAACUGGGACUUCUGUUUGUCACAAGCACAGACACGCAAAUCUGCAUACCUGCACACACACAUGCAGGCAGGCACGUACGCUGGCACACACACACACACACACACACACACACACACACACACACACACACAGAUACACACACACACACACACACAUGCGCUGUAGCUAUGUGGGCAAAGCCACAUAGUGGCAGUUAAUGACUGAAGAAUACACAUGUGAAGUCACACAGCAAUUUUCCAGUCUAGAGGAAGGUACAAAUCAAAGCAGUACCACAAACACUUUUGUAGAUAAAGUAUAUUAAUACAUAUUGAUAUUCUUCUGUGCCUUGUUGGCCAGCUUUUUGAAAUGAUUUUAUUACAUUGUCAUUUUAUUAUGUGUAUUAAUCAUUUAUUUAUGAAAAUCUACUGAAAGCAUUGGGGAGAUGCAUACUCUGUUUAUACCUGAAUCAGGCAAUACUACCUUUUUUGUAAAAUGCUAUUUCAUAAUGACUUGCUUGCUUUUCUCAUUUCUUAACUUUUCCUGGAACUUCAUGACUGUGGGAAACCAGAUAUGAAAACAUUUUUAAACUACUUAUUGGGGACCUUUGACCCUUGGUGACUUUGCUUGUAAGAUUGUGAUAAUGCUGAAAUAAAACAUUUAUUGGGACUAUAGACUGUAUAAAGAUGGACGAUGUGGGUGCAUCCAUCUUGCACUAUUGAUGUCAUGUGGAACCUGAGUCUGCCUAGUAGUGAUCAUGGUGGUACUGAUUUCCCACAGACAUAGGGGCUCGACUCUUUCUAUGGUAACUAACUGAAACACUUGAACAAGCCUCACUGUGAUAGCAAAAUGACAAACAUUUUUGAUUUUGGUCCAUGUUCCAUCCACGGACAUAGAGAAUGCAGGAUUCAUGACAGUCUCUAUUGAUCAAAACCAGGGAACUGCAUCCACACUAUGUAAAAUAGACUUAACUUAAAAAUGCUUGUUGACAGAUCACAGAGUGAGCCUCACAACAAGGGUAAUACACACUAGAGCUAUUUUAUAUUUGUACCAAAGAAGGUUUCACACAAGAUAAACUCAUACUUGAAAAUUUAAAUCUCAAGGCUAGAUCUGAAAUUACACAGGAAAUAUUUUCAUAACCUGAUGACGUGGCCUGUUGCCUCAUGACGGUUGUCUGCCUCCACCUGUUGACAGUGUGUGAGACAUGGGUUUCACUGAUGAGAAACAUAUGACCACACUGAACACUCAAGAGUAUCCCAGUUUGAUCCUUCCGGAAGUUGCGCAUGAUAUGAAACACAUCAGUGGAAAGGGAAAAAAAAGUGGGUUUUCCUUCUUUUGACGGUGAAAUGCCUGAGUCGAUGUUCGUCAGCCAUCUGGUUCAUAUUUCACGCCCCUCAAGCCCUAUGGCCAUUAAAAUACCAGACCAUCCCAGAGAGUAAACACCUCAAAUUAUCCACUAUUGUUUUUCCCUCUGUUGAUGACGCAUGGGUUUUUAUUUGGUUCUACUUUAUAUACAAAUGUAUUUGUGAAUCAAGGUGUUCCCUCAUAUUUUACCAAUCAUUCCAAUUUUAAGGCAAAUUGAAAUCGUCUGGGGCUGUAAAAUAGGGAGAGUUUCAGCUAUGAAUUAGGAAACCACCAAAACAUCUUUAGAGGAUAUACUGAGGUCAGGACCAUUGACCGUGACGGACCAUGUUGAGGAAUAAAGUCCUCAACAAAAAAUAAAAAUAAUGAAACCCAUUACUCCUACGAUAGGAUAGUGAAUUAUUUUUUCAUCUAAAUUAGCUUUAGCUCAUGUCUAUAGUCACAUAGGACUCAGAGAUGCCACAAAAUGCAUUUUUGAACUUUACAUGACAUUAC